GCAACUGGCGGCCUCCUGCGGAUCAACGCACGCCGACAGGACUCACUGAGAUCGAAACCACACAAAGCAAACACACACAAGAGGAAAAACAAGAACAAGAGGUAACACACACACAUUAAGUCUGGGUUUCAGCGGCGUAUACACUAUGAUGUCACUUCCUGCCCCACCAGGAGAAACGAAGUGGUGGUGGUGAAGGGGAAGCUGAAACUGUUUUCGGUCCCGGGCCUGGUGGCGGCGCUGGGCGUCCUGGUCCUGCUGGCGGGCGUGGUCAUGGCGGUCCUGGGCUACUGGCCCAGAGACGGACUCUUCUUCAGCGCUCGGCUGCAGGAGGCCACAGCCAUGGCCUCGUUGUCCUCCAGCAGGUCCACAGCUGCCGAGGCUCAGGGAGGAGAGGAGGCCAUGAGACUCCAAGGAGAGGAAGGAGACGGAGGAGGAGAAAGAGGAGAUGAUAGUUUCAACCGAACGGAAACCAUGAACGGGACAAUUGGACGUCUUCCAGGAGGCUUUCUGGAGGAUUUCCUCCACAGGUACGUGUACUCUGAUAGGCUGAAAGUUUUUGGACCUCUCAUCAUGGGCAUCGGGAUCUUCCUUUUCAUCUGUGCGAACGCCGCGCUGCACGAAAACCGCGACAAAAAGACGAAAGUCAUCAACCUGCGGGACAUCUACUCCACGGUCAUUGACCUCCACGGCCUCCGCAAGCACACCUCCUCCUCCUCCUCCAAUCCCCUCAACGGCCUUGUUAACUACGUCCAAUCAAGGAGCCUGGAGGCUAAACCCAGGGCGUACCCCGCCUCCCUGCUGAACCACACGGAGGGAGGCGGAGGAGAGGGAGGAGGCGAGGCAGUGUUCACUAUUUCUGAGAACGCUCUCCACCCCCCCUCCUCGAGCUGCCACAGACCCCCCCCCAGCUGCAGCCCCCCCCACCCCUCCCUCUGCUGGGAACGUCCCACAGAAGGAGGUGCUCAGCUCAUUCAGCUUACCACUGCGCCGCCCUCGCUCCACAGCGCCUCCCAGGAGGCACUCAGCCCGGGCAGGGGGCUGGUCCACUGCAGCGAGGGAGGAGCGAAGGAGGGAGGAGGGAAACCAAAGGCAGCAGGGGGAGGAGGAGCCUGGAUGUCAACCUCCUCCUCUCUGCUCCUCAAGAGCCUUCCAAGGUUCCUGCAGCUCCUCCAGUCUCCACCGGGAAGCGCUGCUGAUCCACUCCUCCUGCUCACUCACCCCCUCCUCCUUUCCGACCUCCUCCCUGUCUCAACUCCUCUCCUUUUCCUCGUCCACUCCAGCGCCCCCCUGCAGGAGGGGGAGCCUGCCGACUGGCCAUAGCAAACUGACUGAUGCAGAGGACAAGUGACAUCACAGAGGUCAGGUGAGGUGACGUCACACAGGAGUUACUCCAACAGGGAGAAGCUGAGGAUCAUUUUGCAGGAGGACUGACGCAAAAGGAGGCGGGAUGAGGAGGUUGACCAAUCAGGAGCUGACUCCUGGAUCGACAGCACAAACUGUUAAUGACACCAGCAGUGUUCUGGAUGAACGGAGACAACGUGAAGCAAUAAGGAGUCUUCCAGAUAAAUGAGUGGGCCUUCAAACUGUCUGCUCAGACACCAGGGAAUGUUUUGAGACUGUAUCCCUGUGCUCGGAGUAAUAUUUGAGUUAUUCCUGGGGAAUGAAUGGAGCCACUGACUUCCUCACAGACUGUUUGUAAAGCUGAUGCACGUCUUCCUUUAUUCAACCUGGGAAAUGAAUAUAUUUCCCUCAAAAGAUUACUGACCUUUUUUAACGGCAUUAAUCAAUUAAUAUAUAAGUAAUCGACUAAACAUCUCCAUCAGCAUGACGCUGUUCAAAAUAAAUAAGAACAUAACCCAGA